AUGGAAGAAAGAACUGCAUCGAGCGGCCGCUCUCAGGAGUACGAGAAACACGAUGGCAAUACGCUUGAGAUGGUGACCUCACAGACGCCUGUUCAUGAACAAGACAAACCUCAACUGUCGCAGGUCGGCAGCGGUGAAAAUGGUGUAGUCGUCCACGAAAAGAUGAACUUCAAGCUCUUCAUCACUUUGGUGUGCAUGGUUUUCCUCUGGAUUGGGUCUCAGGUUCCCCUCUUGAUCUUUGGCUCCAUCAUCUCGUUCAUCACCAGAGAUAUCGGAGGAACAGAUCGAUACUCAUGGUUCAUGAUCGCCUAUCUCAUUCCGCUUGCCGCCCUUUUGCCUUUUGUCGGUGCGCUGUCCGACCUCUUUGGAAGGCAAAGGGUUGCUAUUGCGGGACAAUUGGCAUUGGUUAUCGGUGCCAUUGUUACAUCGACUGCCUCGACCAUGAACAUCGCCAUUGGUGGCCAGGUCUUCUCAGGCAUUGGUGCGGGUCUCAACGAGAUGAUCUCACUCUCUGGCACAGCUGAAGUCGUUCCUGUCAAGGAUCGCGCCAAGUAUAUUGGCUUUGUCGUUAUCACCAUUAUUCCCUUCUGUCCGUCCGUCUUGUGGUCUCAAGCCAUUGCCGAGCAUGGUGCUGGCUGGCGCUACAACGGCGUCUUUGUUGGCGUGUGGAACUUCAUCGGGCUGCUACUGUGCAUCUUCUUUUACAGGAGUCCGUCUCGCCUUACAGAGAAUUACACUGCUCGCGAUGUCAUUGCAAAACUCGAUCUCGUCGGUGGUUUCCUGAGUACCAGCGGUAUCACCCUCUUCAUGAUGGGACUUCAGUGGGGAACAGUGCAGUAUAACUGGGGCAGCGUCCACAACCUCGUGCCUUUUAUUCUCGGAAUCGUUCUCAUAGCCGCCUUCGUCGUAUGGGAGCUCCGCGCCGAGCAUCCCAUGGUUCCACGAGGAAUGUUCGCCAAAGCCAAAAGAACCAUGAUUGUCAUCCUGAUCCUCAUCUUCAUCAGCGGUGGCACCUUCUUCGCCUUGAUCCUCAUCUACCCAUCCCAAGUGCUCAACGUCUAUGGCGAUAACCCAACAGAAAACGGCCUCCGCAGCCUCCCCAUCGGCUUCGGUAUCAUGGGCGGCGCUUUCUUAGGCUUACUCCUGAUCCCCCUUACCGGCGGCCGCUUCCGCGAAGUUAUGAUUCUCGUCACCUCCGUCGCAACCGCCGGCACAGCCCUCCUCUCCAUCAGCACCCCGCACAAUGUCGGCGCAAUCGUAGCCAUCGCCUCCGUUGCCUGUACCGCCAUUGGCGCCGUCAUUAUCCCCUCGACCGUCAUUGCCCAAAUCGCCGCUCCAGACGAGUACAUCGCCACCGUCACCGCCCUCACCCUCAGCAUCCGCUACAUCGGCGGCGCAGUCGGCUACUCCGUCUACAUCAACCUCAUGACCCGCCAAGCAACAAAGUACUUGGGCCUCAUGGCACAGAACACAAUCGCCCUCCAGGCCAUUGUCAACCCGCUCAUCCCCGCUGGCCGCGAGGCCAUCAAGAACAUCGUCGUCAACAUCGCCAACGGCCAAUUCGAUGAGGUGAAGCGGAUCUUGGCUACAGACCCUACCGUCCUCCAGCGAGACGCUUACCCAAUCAUCAUUGCCGCCUCGCGCGAGGCCUGGGCCCAGUCGUACAAGCUGCCAUAUUACGUCUCGAUUGCGUUUGGCGGCAUCACCGUCAUUCUGAGCUUCUUCAUCGGCGAUGUUAGACAGUACAUGACGUCCAAGAUUGCGGUCCAUGUGUAA